AUGAUCUAAGAUAAUCAUUAUCAUACAGAACAAACAAAUAAAUAUUAAAAUCAAUUAGAUAGAAGAAGAAGUAGUGCAUAAUUUUAAGAUGCUUCAACUAUGAUGAAUCCAAGUAGUACUCAUCUAUCUAGAAAUGCAUCAUAUUCUAUGCCACAUGAAAGUUAAUUAAAUCCUUAAAGUAAAUUUUAAUUACUAAGAUAAUAGUUCUUGCUAAAAUAGCUUCUAUGAUACCUUAGAAUUCAGAUAAUAAAAAGAAAUUUUAUAGAGUGGAUUAAGUUCUUAAACCAAAAAAGAAACCAGAUCCUCUUGAAGAAGAAUAAGAAAAUGAAAUAAGAAAGAAUUUAUUAUUGUCACCAGAAAUAGUGAAAGAAGAUUUAUUAAACAAACCUUUAGUAGGAUCAUAAGCAGUCUAAUUAUAUUAUCAACAUUAUAAAAAAGUGAAUAAGGUUCGUUAAUAAAAUGACUUCUUCAAAAUUUCAGGUAAGGUUUAAUUGGAUAAAUAGAUAGUGUGUAAACUGCAAUGCUUCGUUAAGCAGAAUAAAUUGAUGUAUUACCUUGUAAGAUAGGAGUUAUAAAAACAAAAGGAAGUGAAUAAUCUCUUUAAAUAAGUCAUUAAAAGUAUGGAGAUAGAUAUGCAUCAAUGUUAAGUGAAGGUCUGAAAGUAAAUUCAAAUAUAAAAGAUUUUUAUAUGGCAAAUAAUAGAAUUUAAAGUUCUGGAGCAACAUAAAUUUUAAAUUAAAUUGGAAAAGUGGCCAAAGUUUUAGAUCUUUAAUAAAAUAAUAUUGGAAAAAUAGGAACAGAUUCAAUUUGUUAGUAAAUUUAAUCAAGAGAAAAUAAGUAAGAAAAGAGAAUUAAAAUUUUAGAUUAGAAGUUUUAAAUAUAGAAGAUAACAAAUUAGGAGACAGAAAUGUAAUACGCAUUUUAAAGGCCUUAUUGAAUAGCAAUAAUAAGUUGAAAUCAUUAAAUAUUAGCAAAAAUUAUUUGACAAAUGAUAUUGCAGAAAUUUUAAAAGAAAGUAUAAUUCAAUUGGAUAAUAUGGAAUAAUUAUAUAUUCAUUGGAAUUAAAUAAAAGGUUGGGGAGGAUAAAAGAUAUUUGAAGCAUUAAUAGAGAACAAAACUUUAUUAGUUUUUGAUGCAGGUUGGAAUAGUUUUGGAAUAUAAGAAAGAAAGGAUGUAUAAUGUAUAUAGAAGAUAUGUGAUUUUUUGAUUACAAAUAAGACAGUUUUACAUUUUGAUUUAUCAUCUAAUUAAUUUAAUUUAAAUGAUUGUAAGUUAAUAGCAAAUGCAUUAAAAUAGAACAGAACUAUAUAUGGAUUUCAUUUUGUUAAUAAUUGGGGAGUUGUUGAUGCAAGAGGUUUUUUGUAGAUAUAAGAAAAUGAAUUAUAAAGAGUAUUAGGAGAAACACCUAGAAUCAAAGGAUUAUAAUAAACUACAACAAUUAGAUAGGAGAAUGUAUGUUGGAUAUGUGAAGGUUGGUAAGAAUAGAAAUUUACUUGGAUACCUGAUGUUUCAGGAGAAGGUGAAGCAGAUCCUUUGUUUAUUCAUUUGGAUUUUGAGGCAUAUAAAUAAGUUUAUAUUCCAAAGACAUAAGAUCAAAUAUCUUUAACUUUAAUGAUCCCUACUAAUACAACAUAAUAUAUUUAUACAAUGACUGAUACAUAAGUAAUUGCUAAUGAUUAACCAAAUGUACCUUAUGGACAUCAAUUAAAAAUUAAUUAUAAUAAUAACAAUAUAACUGUUUUGAUGGAGAAUGUAAAUUAUGUAAAAAAGAAUAAACAUUUUUUAAUUUUUGAUUAAGUUGAAUAUAAACCAUUAAUUAGUGUAUUACCUAGAACACCUGAUCCUAUUUAUAUUCCUCCAAAAUUAAAAAAGUAAAAGAGAAUAUGGACAUUUCCAAUUUCUAUAUGGGCUAAAGAUUUUAAAUUUGAAAAUGAAGAUUUAUUAAAGAAAUGCUUUGAAAAAGAUUUUGCUUGUAGUAAAAUAUCAAAAAUAGUAAAAAAUCCUGAUGAAUUAUUAGAAAUUAAGAAUGUUUUAUGGUUACAUUAUAGAUUGAUUAAAGAGACUUAUAAGUAAUAUAGUUCUAAUAGUCCAACAGGAGAUAUUUGGUCAAUAUCAUCAAAUGUUAUAACUGAAUUUGCUUAAUAAACUGAAUUAAUAGAUGGAAAGACUUUAAAAUUAUCUGAUUUAGAUUUAAAAUUUAUUGCUACAUGUGCAGCUUCAAUUGAAUAUAAAGGAAAUUUUAGAAAUCCAGAGAGAGCUCUUUGUAGAUUCUAAUUUAUGGAGUUUCUUGUAAGAGUAUCUGAGGAUAAGUAUUUAAAAACUAAAGUUGCUAUUAAUAUGUUAGAGGCAACAAAAAUGAUAUUAGAAUAAUGUAAAACAUAUAUGUCCACAUUUGAUGCAUAGAAAUGGAGAAAUGAGAGAUAUUUUAAUGAAUAAUGUGAUGAUUGUUUAAAAUUCUUUAGACCAUUACUUAAUCACAUUUAUAAUAAAUUUAGUGUAAAAAAAGUGAAACCAGGAUAGAAGAAAUUUAUGUGUUUAGAUGAAUUACAUGAAAUAUGUUCAUAAGCAAAUCUAUUUGAUGAAAGAUUCGUUGAAAGAGAUGCUGAUAAUGUAAAUAAUUAAUUUAAUUUAGGCUUUUAAUUUAUCAAUGAUGUUAUAAAUUGAUGAAUUAGAAAGUGAUAGAAUAUUUUAAAUGACUUUCAUAGAAUUCUUAGAAGCUAUUGCAAGAAUAACUGAUAAAGUUUCUAUGCCAGGAAUUGAUGCAGUUGAUUUAACUUGGGAUCAAAGAUUGGCAUAACCUCUUCAUUUGAAAUUAGAGAAGAUGUUAAUACAUUUAGCUAAUACUUGUUCAUCAGAAGAAUUUAAGUUACAAUAUGGUAAUAUUAACAAAUCAAUGUUUGCAGUUGUUGAAGAAGAUGAUUGA